CGACAGAGUGGCAACUCUGCUGUCGCACAGCUGUUCACUACACCGGCUGUAAAUAAAUCUUGGAGUUUCCACUGCCAUAUAUGUUUACUUACGACGCCUCCCACUAACUGGGCUUAAUGGGAAUCAACGAAUAAGAACGGUGUUUAGUGCAGAACAACAAGUUACACAGCCAAACCACCGUGUAUUCCACAGGCUGCGGAAAUUCAUUAGAGGGGGCGGUUCCCCGCGAUCUACGGAGUACGUGGCAAUGAAUCUGAGGCCGUGCUCGAACUGAAACCAAUUCUAGGCCCGUAACCAAAAAGAACCCAUUCCAAUACCAAUACCUACCCGCCCACCAAGAUGACGGCCACGUUGCGUUACCGCGGAGACAAAAGCAACCUCUUGGAGUUCGCCAAAAACCUGGACGCGUUCAAAAAAGUACCAGAGAAGUACACAGAGACAACGGAAAUCGGAGGGACACUAUCUCUACUGAGCCGCCUGUUGAUCGUCUACCUGGUCUACACGGAGCUGCAUUACUACUGGCAUGAAACGGACAUCGUUUACCAGUUCCAGCCGGACAUAGCAUUGGACGAGCAGGUGCAGAUGCACGUGGACAUCACCGUGGCCAUGCCCUGCGCCUCGCUGUCCGGCGUGGAUCUUAUGGAUGAGACGCAGCAGGAUGUGUUCGCCUACGGGACGUUGCAGCGCGAAGGAGUCUGGUGGGAAAUGUCCGAGCAUGACCGGCUCCAGUUCCAUGCCAUUCAGAUCCAAAACCACUAUCUGCGCGAGCAGUAUCACUCGGUGGCCGAUGUGUUGUUCAAGGACAUCAUGCGGGAUCCUCAUCCGGUGCGUGAGAGUCCUUCACAGAUGCCAGCUGCCCCGCCGCCAGGAGCCCUUCCCGCGGGCCUCGACCUCAUGCUGUCCCAUGGCCAGCCAAAUGCCCAGCCUGACACCAAGUUCGAUGCGUGUCGACUGCACGGAACUCUGGGCAUCAAUAAGGUAGCCGGUGUACUCCAUCUCGUGGGCGGAGCUCAACCCGUGGUGGGACUCUUUGAGGACCACUGGAUGAUCGAACUGCGGCGCAUGCCUGCGAACUUUACGCAUCGCAUUAACCGCCUCAGUUUCGGGCAGUACUCGAGGAGGAUUGUUCAGCCGCUGGAGGGCGACGAGACCGUGAUUCACGAGGAGGCCACCACGGUUCAAUAUUUCCUGAAAGUUGUGCCCACGGAGAUCCAUCAGACUUUCAGCACCAUCAACACGUUUCAGUACUCCGUCACAGAGAACGUGAGGAAACUAGAUUCCGAGCGAAAUUCGUAUGGCUCUCCUGGCAUUUACUUCAAGUACGACUGGUCGGCUCUUAAAAUUGUGGUGGACAACGAUCGCGAUCACCUGAUCACCUUCGCCAUCCGGCUGUGCUCGAUUAUAUCCGGAAUCAUUGUCAUUUCGGGGGCGAUCAAUUCCCUGCUCACAGGCAUCCAACGUCGCCUCUUACGGACACUUGCUCCGGAGUUGUACCAACGGCUCAACAAUGCUAAGACUGUUCCAUCGGCUGCUGCUCCCCCAUCGUCUGUUUCCGCGCAAACGACUUUAACACCACCCGUAAACGAGCUACUGAGCACAGCCAAUCUGAUGGCCAGCGUAGACAUCUCGGCCUAUCUGCCUACGGCACCACAAAAGCUCAAAGCCGACCUUUAACCGGCAUCUUUGGCAACAUCCGCUAGCGAAUCUCUGUCUGCAAACGCUAACCGACGCUUCUCGUCUCUCUAAACUAAUAUUUUUAUUCCAUUAAGAUACAAAAAAAUGAAGCACACACAAAUAUGGCGAGAAUGUUGUACAUAAAUAUUGAUAAGUUCAA